GAAAAUAAGUGUUAGAUUCGUAUGGUUUACACUGGCGUCCCUUCUCUUCAGAACAGCUCUGCAAACGAGCAUUGUUUUCUUCAACAUUUGCAAGGUUGAAGUCAUCAAAACAAUCAGAUGACACGCUGCGUAUAUCUGGAUUGUAUGCAGCUAACAACUAACUAACUAGGCUACAAUGCUGAUUUAAAGAUCAAGUCAAACGUCGCCUUCGUAGCUAACGAGCUAUCUAGCGAAUCAAAGAUGGAUAGCUUCGAUGGCUAGCUGCUCAGCCAAAACGCUAGAAAGCUAGCUAGCCUAUUGUUUUGAUGUUACAUUUUCUUUCGUUGGUAUGUAUGUUUACAUUUCGCUUAGCUGGUAGAUAGCAAGUUGCUGGACACAUUUCUGCUCUGAUUUUGUAUCAUAUUGCUAGCCCGCUCAACACCAGCAGCUAGCCUUCUGGCUAGCUAGCUGCUAGUUAGAGAAGAAUGAGCAGAAAACAUCAUCAUUUUAAAGGAGCAGAAGUUAGCUGCUGCGUGAAAUAUUUUUUGUUUGGUUUCAACAUUAUAUUUUGGUUGCUGGGAGCGGCUUUCCUUGGAAUUGGAUUAUGGGCAUGGGCGGAGAAGGGAGUUCUGUCCAACAUCUCGUCCAUCACGGACCUGGGCGGGUUCGACCCGGUCUGGCUGUUCAUCGUGGUGGGCGGGGUCAUGUUCAUCCUGGGUUUCGCCGGCUGCAUCGGGGCGCUCCGGGAGAACACCGCCUUGCUUAAAUUCUUCUCUGUUUUUUUAGGGCUCAUUUUUUUCCUGGAGCUAACAGCCGGCAUCCUGGCGUUUGCCUUCAAAGACUGGAUCAAAGACCAGCUCAACUUCUUCAUCAAUAACAAUGUCAAGGCCUAUCGAGACGACAUCGAUCUGCAGAACCUCAUCGACUUCGCCCAGGACUACUGGUCAUGUUGUGGUGCUCAUGGGCCUAAUGACUGGAACCUGAACAUCUACUUCAACUGCACUGAGCUGAACCCCAGCAGGGAGCGCUGUGGAGUUCCUUUCUCCUGCUGCGUCAAGGAUCCAGCGGAAGACGUGCUGAACACGCAGUGCGGUUACGACGUGCGCCUUCAAGUGGAGCUGGACCAGCAGAAGUACAUCUACACUAAAGGCUGCGUGGGACAGUUUGAGAAGUGGCUGCAGGAUAAUUUGAUAGUCGUUGCCGGGAUAUUUGUGGGCAUUGCACUAUUACAGAUAUUUGGGAUCUGUUUGGCUCAGAAUCUGGUCAGCGACAUCAAAGCGGUCAAGGCCAACUGGUGACUUCAUGCAUGUGGAGGGGUUGGGGGGAGGAGCAGGGGGGCACGUGAGGUCACACCCCAGGCCCCCACCCCCCGCCUCCCCGAAACCCCAACCUACUGCCCCCCGAGCCCCCUGUCGCCUCACAACCCCCCUGCCCCGCCCUCUGGCGAAGGGACUCCGAGCCGUAUUCGGGGAAGGGUGGGAAGGAUGUGAGGUAACGUACCCCCUCUUGGGGUGUGAGCGGGCGGGGGGGAGGCGGGGCCCAAGGGGGCGGAGAGGCGGGGCCGUUCCCGGUGAGACCCCUUCCUCUCUCGCGGCCUCGCGCACCGCCACUGAUUGCCGUAGCGCAGCCAUCGAACUCGCCUUCGUCCCCAUGGAAACCAUUCCCUCCCGUUGAUUGCCGGGCGGUUGCCGGGUUAUUGACUGAGGUCCAGGCCGCAGCUGGACCGCUUCGUUCUUUACACGCGCAACGUGACCGCCCGUACAAUCGGGAGGCCCCCCCCCCCCCCCAAAACCUCGCCCCUUCCCGCACGGGCCCUGGGACCUGAGUAGGGCCGAGGUUUU